GGAGAAAGUCGACAAGUUCUUCUUGAAAUAUCUCUUGUCAUACAUUUAAUGCUUAUCUGAAUCUUUCACUGAUGUCAGUAGUAACUGAAGUGUUGACCUCUGCUGGUCAAAUUGAUAAACAAGAAGUACAUGGUAAAGUCAAGGCUUUGACAGACCAUAUUAAAGACUUACAACAUGGGAUAUAUAAUAGUAUAACUGAAAGAUAUAUAGAUUUUUAUCCCAGUUAUAAUUCUGUCUCAGACUUGGCAAAUGAAGUCGAUUCAGUUAAAAACCAAAUUGAGGCUGUUUCAAAUAAAAUUGAUUCUGAGAUUAAAGAUCAGCUAAAUGUUUCAACAGCAGAAUUUCAGACAUUAACAAGGGAAUUACAAGAAGUUAAUGGAAUCCUGCUGGUUUUAAAAACUCUAGUAGAAUUGCAGGAUGCAUUGGAAGAUGUUGCAAAGGCAAAUAAACAGAAAAAGUUUGGACAAGCUGCUGACUGUUUGGCAAACAUCCAUGACAUUCUAUCCCGACCUCUAUUAAAUGGAGAAUUUGAAAUCAAGAUUUUAAAUGCCCUGAACACUGAAAAUAAAAUACAGAAGCAGAAGCUGAUAUUUGAUCUUAAUGAUGUAUGGAAAGAACAUGUCGUCUGGAUCUCACCUGAACCCAAAUCUACAUCUGGAAAUCUAAUAGAAUUAAAACUUAUCACUGGAAAGGAUUCUUUACAAGUUCUUGAGAACAUGAUAUCUGCCAUGGAAAAACUGAACAUUCUAGACUCCAAAAUCAAAGCUUUUGGUGAACUGUUUGUGAAACAUAUAGUAAAAAAUCUUUUGUUACAAGAUGCAGUAGAUCUGAAAGAAAUGUCUACUAGUAAAGAAAAAUCACUUAAAUUAACUUUGAAGUCUAAAGUAGAGCAUAUGCCCCUUAAUGUGAAUCUCUUUCGUAAAUUUAAUUUGGUUAUGGACUUUUUGGCUGAUAGCUUUUUCAAAUUAACAGUAAAGUGGAAAGAAAAGGAAAUAUCUUUAUUAGAAUUAUUAGGGUAUGGAAUAGCAGACACUGUUGUUGACCUGAUUAUUAAAGACUGUUUGUCUCAUGCCAUUCCUUCCCAAACAGAAAAACUGGCUGAUUUCUUCAAAGUAAUUGAUUCUACAGAAACCUUCCAGAAAGGCUUGAUGGAUGCCAAAUUCCUGCCCGAAUCAAACACUGCCUUGAUGAAUUAUGUAGGAAAUGUCAAUGUACUGUUUGCUAAAAAGAAAUGUCAAGAGAUUUUAGAGAAGGCAAGGAAAUUGAUCACAUCUGAUAUUCAUGACACCUUUGAAGUAUCACCUGAUGUCACUCUCCAUCCUCUACCACCUCUAUUGAAAGAUAAAUCCAUUUCAACCUCUACACCACCAGUUCAACUGGCCCAUGAAGAGAAACUAAGCCCAGAUGCCUUUAAAUUGCCUAAAUGCAGAAUAAGUUUGUCAAUAAAUAAUGUGGUGAAUUUAGCGUAUGAGAUAUUAAGUGAAGCAAGUAGUAGUUCACCAGAAUGUGCUGUACAGAUGUUUUAUGCAGUUAGAAAUAUAUUUGAAUUAUUCUGUAGUGUAUUUCCUACCUAUCACAGACAAAGUCUUAAUGCUCUACCACAAUUUUCUGCCUUACAUCAUAAUAACUGUAUGUUUAUAAGUCACCAUUUAAUGACGUUAGGACACCAGUUUAGUUUGAAGUUACCUCCUACUAUUAAUUCAACGUUUGUUGAUCUUAUACCUAAAAUACGUGGCAUUGGUACUCAGAGUUUUAUGGAUCAGAUGAAUUCUCAAAGAGAUUUAUUACUAGAAUUUUUACAAGCUGCUAAUGGUUUUGCUGACAUGUCUAAUGAAGAAAAAUAUACAGUUGGUGAGAAGAGUAUUAUUCAAUGUCUUCAUCAGUUAAGUCAUUUACAAAAUGUAUGGAAAGAUAUAUUACCUGUUAAUAUUUAUAGGAAAGCUAUUGGUAUGUUGAUAAAUACUGUAGUUGUUGAUAUUAUUGAAAGUGUUACUACACUAGAAGAUAUUUCAUCUUUUGAUGCCAAACAACUUGAUACAUUAAUGUCUACUCUCAGUAAGAAAGCCGAACCUUUCUUUGCUAUAGAAGGGGAUGAUGGCAACCCAAAUAUAGAACUACAACGCAAUGUUACCAAAUGGAAUAAAUUCAAAGAGCUUAAUUUAGUGCUAAAUGCCAAUCUUCAAGAUAUUUCUGAUAGAUGGGCUGAUGGAAAGGGUCCCUUAGCUAUGGCGUUUACACCCAAUGAAUUGAAGCAGUUAAUUAGAGCUUUGUUUCAAAAUACAGAUAGACGUGCUACAGUUCUAGCUAAGAUUAAAUAAAUGUUAUAAAGAUAGCUUUCUUGUAGUAAUAUUUUGCAUCAGACUUUUAGUCAUUAAUUAUUAUUAGCCUGGCUGUUAUUGAAGCUAUAGAUUUGUUAUAUUAUAUACAUUUGGUGCUGUGAAUUUAUUUAUGUUCUAGAAAAUGAAAAAAAUGUGAUAUUGUU